GACCGUGCUUCGUCGUCGCCGUCGCCUCCGCCGCCACUGCGUCCACCUCCCGCCCCGAACCACAGCUUCCAGCAUCAGCGCCACCGUCGCCGCGUCCACCAGCAGCGCCACCGUCAUGCGCGAGAUCGUGCACCUGCAGGCCGGCCAGUGCGGCAACCAGAUUGGGGCCAAGUUCUGGGAGGUGAUCAGUGAUGAGCAUGGCAUCGACCCCACGGGCACAUAUCACGGGGACAGUGACCUGCAGCUGGAAAGAAUCAAUGUAUACUACAAUGAGGCCACAGGAGGAAAUUACGUACCCAGAGCUGUGCUGGUGGACCUGGAGCCAGGCACCAUGGACUCCGUCCGCUCUGGCCCUUUCGGCCAGAUCUUUCGGCCUGACAACUUUGUGUUUGGCCAGUCUGGAGCUGGCAACAACUGGGCCAAAGGCCACUACACAGAGGGUGCAGAGCUGGUCGAUGCCGUCCUGGAUGUGGUCCGAAAGGAGGCUGAGAGCUGUGACUGCCUGCAGGGCUUCCAGCUGACCCACUCACUGGGCGGGGGCACAGGAUCAGGGAUGGGCACACUGCUCAUCAGCAAGAUCCGGGAGGAGUUUCCCGACAGGAUUAUGAACACCUUCAGUGUGGUGCCCUCGCCCAAGGUGUCAGACACAGUGGUGGAGCCCUACAACGCCACCCUCUCUGUGCACCAGCUAGUGGAGAACACAGAUGAGACCUACUGCAUUGACAAUGAGGCCCUCUACGACAUCUGCUUCCGCACCCUCAAGCUGACCACACCUACCUACGGGGACCUCAACCACCUGGUGUCGGCCACCAUGAGUGGGGUCACCACCUGCCUGCGCUUCCCGGGCCAGCUCAAUGCUGACCUGCGAAAGCUGGCUGUGAACAUGGUGCCCUUCCCCCGCCUGCACUUCUUCAUGCCUGGCUUCGCCCCGCUGACCAGCCGGGGCAGCCAGCAGUACCGGGCCCUCACGGUGCCCGAGCUCACCCAGCAGAUGUUUGACGCCAAGAACAUGAUGGCGGCCUGCGACCCCCGACACGGCCGCUACCUGACGGUGGCAGCCGUGUUCCGGGGCCGCAUGUCCAUGAAGGAGGUGGACGAGCAGAUGCUGAGCGUGCAGAGCAAGAACAGCAGCUACUUCGUGGAGUGGAUCCCCAACAACGUGAAGACAGCGGUGUGCGACAUCCCGCCCCGGGGCCUGAAGAUGGCCGCCACCUUUAUCGGCAACAGCACAGCCAUCCAGGAGCUGUUCAAGCGCAUCUCGGAGCAGUUCACAGCCAUGUUCCGGCGCAAGGCCUUCCUGCACUGGUACACAGGUGAGGGCAUGGACGAGAUGGAGUUCACUGAGGCCGAGAGCAACAUGAACGACCUGGUGUCCGAGUACCAGCAAUACCAAGAUGCCACAGCUGAGGAAGGCGAGUUCGAGGAAGAGGCCGAGGAGGAGGUGGCCUAAAGCCACCUCAUUCACUUUAUGUCUGUCCCCACCCUCCACCCCAGGCUGCUUACCUUUGACCCCUGAGAACCCUGCAUCACCACUAAGCCUAACUCAAUUGUGAGCCUCUAACCCUGCAACAUUCGCUUCACCAUUGAUCUCAGCUGACCUUUGAUCCAUGAGCCCCACUUUGCCCGUUUUAGCCAACCUCUCCUUCACCUUGACCUUUCCCUCCAACCAAUGCACCCCAGACUGAUAAGACCCAGGUUACUUUUGACCCUCUCCUCUCUCUGAGCCUCCCUGCACCUCUGACCUUGCCUCACCUUUGACUUCACAAGCCCACCUGCCCUCUGACCCCACCUUCUCUCUGGCAUCUGUAAGCCCCUGUUUCAUUCCUGAACUCACUCCCCUCAGCUCCAAUUGACCUUGGCUUUCCAAGGGUGGUGGAGGGCUGCUGUGGAGGGAAGAAGCCCUGGAGCAUGUGGAUGAGGGAGGUUGUACCCCCAACCCUCCCUACCUCCUCCCCUCUGCCUCACCCUCAAUAAAUAAAUUGUCUUGCCAUGUU